GCAGGUUCAGGAGUGGAGGCAGCAAAAGCUGGAGCUUGAAGCCAUUAAAAACAACCAGAACCUAAAUAUAAACCAGGUGCGGGUACUUGAUGGUCAUGGUAGGAAAGCCAAAUACCCUGAUUUAGAAAAAGAACUAGUGGAUUAUAUUAAAAAAAAACGGGAAGAAAAGAUUCCUGUUACAACCCACAUGAUAGAAAAAAAGGCAAAGGAAUUAAAGAAAAGCCUAAACAUUGAAGCCAAGUGUUCUCGUGGCUGGAUUAAAUGUUUCAGAAAACGGCAUAAUUUAGUAGAACGUGCUCGAACGCAAACUGCUCAAAAGUUCCCUGAAGACAUGCCAUUGGUCAUUAGUAGAUUUCUUCAAAUUUCACACAAAGCAACAAAAAACAUUGAAAAAAAUUUAUCAUCUUUUUUGACGAAACACCGAUCUGAUUUGACAUGCCCCGAAGUUCAACCAACGGCACCCUGCGCGAACAUGCGAGCGGACCUGAUGAUCUCCACUUAUAUUCCAAAAGUUAUUCGAGCAAGGCUAGAAGGGUUUUUCAAAAGCAAAGGUAUAAUUUUUGUUGAUAGACAUCGUAGUCACGUACAAGAUGAUGUAGUUAAAGCAUUGAACAGGGAAGGCUUGGAUGUCUUAGAAAUACCCAGCAGUACAACUUGCAUUUUGCAACCACUAGACGUUUCAAUUGAUGAAGGGGAAAGAGAGUUUACUGCAAAAGGAAACCGUAAGAAAGCAUCAUACGAGUUGAUUUGCAAAUGGGUAUCCGAUCCAUGGAAAGGAAUUAGUACAAGCCUUUUGGCUAAAUCUUUUGAAGCAUCCGGGCUUGUACUCAACUCUGAUGGUAGCGAAGACCAUAAAAUGUCGAACCAUCUCCAAGCUAUUGUCAAUAAUCGUAUGGAUGAGGCUAAUAUGGAUGAAUUGUGUGAAGAUGAAAAUGAAUUAGGUGUUGAAAAUUUACCGGAUGAUGAGAACGAUGAGGAUGAUAGCAAUAAUGAGGACAAUGUGAGCAAUAAUAGUAAUUUGACAAAUAGUGAGGAUGAUGAGAGUGCAAUGGAUAUCGAUGAAGCAAUGUAA